UCAGCAGAGGGAGACAUACAGUCUGAUUUUUGUUGUUGUUUUACUUCUCUCAAACUCAGUAUUGUGCCAACACACAAGCUGAAUGGAUCAUAAUCAAUCCUCGUCAGGGCCAAGGUUGCGUACUAGAGGAAGCGAUGGUGAUGCUUCGGAACGAAAGUUGGACAGCGGUAAUUACAAAAACUGUAUAGACGCUGAGAUGAGUUAUGUCAAAAGUCUGCUGAAUGAUGCUGCAAAUGUUCCAGUCGAUGCGGAUCCCGAUAGUUAUGAGAUUCAGCUGCCGCCGUGGUAUGACGAGGCAAAAUUUAAACGUGGUCAGAAAUUUUUCAAAGAUAACAUUGCCGCGGGGUUCCUUUCUUCGUUGUGCGGUUUACUGGUUGUAUUUGCUAUACCGUCCAUUCUGGAAGUGUUGAUGUUUACCAGAAGGUCGUCGACCACGGUUACUGCCUAUAAACGUUACGUGCUGACAAUUCUGCACACCCUUAACCUGUACAAUGCUGAGCUGAAACCGGGAACGGACUGCUGGAAGACUCUGGCCUAUGUUAGACGAAUGCAUGCCGUCAGUAGUAAACAGGCGAAUGCGAGCAAUUCCAGGAUGAUGGUUUCCCAGAAGGAUAUGGCCAUCACUCAGUUCGGCUUCUUUGGGUACGUUGUUACAAACCACGCGAAGCUUGGCAUUCAAUAUGACGAAGAAGGUAUGGAAGGAAUCGUGCACUUUUGGCGAACUAUUGGUUACAUGCUUGGUAUUCAGGAUCGAUUUAACAUUUGUACGGACAGCGUCGAGACAACGAAGCGUCGGAUGGAGCUUCUAAAUGAGCACGUUAUUCGUCCAGCCCUGAUGGCGCCUAGUGACGAUUUCAUCCACAUGUCGAAGGCAAUGAUUGAGGGCUUGUGGUGCUUGAAUACUAUGCUGAACUACGAUGCGUUUCUGUUUUUCACCAGACGAUUGUCCAAUUGUGCUGGGCAUUACUACUGGAACGAUGAACCUCGUGACGGAUCCUCGGCGGCGUACCAGCGGCUUGGCUGGUAUAGUCGGUAUGCACUGAACAUGAUUAUGGUUGCUCACGAAAUUUUAUUUUCCUACGCCCUUGUUCGAUGGUACUUCAACCGUCAGACGGAAUUAAACAUUUAUUUCCUGAAUCGCUUUUUCCCGUGGCUGGCUAUUUUGAUGUAUGGUGUGAAAAACGCUUACGUUCGUUUAGUUUACUAGAAAUUUUUUUGUUUGACUAAAUUUAAGCGAAUUUUUGUUACGUAAUAAUCAAGGUGAGAAACAAAAAGUUGUGAUUUGAUUGAAAUGUGACAUAUCACCAGCAAUCGAUUGGUUUUUUUUUUCAUGAAUGAUUUUCAUAGACAAUAUUUUACACAACUUAUUCAUCGCUUUAUUCAAACCGUAGCACUUCGUUUGUCACUUUUGUGGAAUUUUCUAUGCUACGUCUCAAUCCCAUAAAAAGCUAGUUUGCAAAAAAUGCAUUUCGCGUUUGUAUCAUCUCUGUGCACUACCUCUACGCUUACUAUACUGAAUCAGUUUUAUUUUUGGUAAAAUGCCACUUUUUCCAUGUGCGUUUGCUAACAAUUCCUGUCCCUUUUUUCAGCCCGUUCAUCGAAUACUGGAAUGUUGUAAAUUUUCUAUUUCGCAUUUUUCUUUUCACGUUUACUAAAUAGAUGUACAACCAACAGUCAAUAAGAUAUUCUGAACAUUCAGCGCUGCUAAUAUCUAUGUUACAUAUAGUCUGCCUUGAGUUAUCUAAACAGGUUGUAAACGGGUAUACAAACAUUUAUAUCGUUUUAAAUUCGAUAAAAAAGGCUUGUUUUGCUAUCCAUUCUAUUCGGUAUAAUGAUUCUAAGAAAUAGUAAUUCGAAUUUCUGUUAGUAAAGAAACAUUCGAAUUUUGUCUUCACUGGUACGGUUGUGUGUGAUCAAACUAUAUAAAUUAUUAUUGAAACUUGCUUAUAAGUGUACCACGAAAUUCAUUGUUGGGAGUAACUGGUACAGGACAUGUGAAUAUAAUGUUUACUUUGGUUAAUAUAUAGACAUUUUUUGCGAAGCUUUGAGCUAAUCCGCUUGUAAUGAAAAACUUAUGAAGAAAGUAAAGAUAGUUUUGUUGUUGUUAUUAAUUAAGAUUAAAACACUGACGAGUAGUUGAAUAUGGUUUGUGUCACAAUAACUUAACAGCAGCAAUCUUGAAUGCAUCGAAAUCUGUGUUUCUAAAAGCUUCACAUUGUUCUCUCUCUCUCUCUCUCUCUCUCUCUCUCUCUCUCUCUCUCGAUCGGUCGGAUUCUUUCGAGGAAAUUAUCCAAAAAUUUCAAAUAUAUUCAGUUGAACCUUAAAUCGUGUUUUUUUCUGAUGAAUAAAAUCAUAAAUGUUCUACAGAAGUUGUCAUCAAUUUUUUUGCGAUCAUUUACAUUGCAAUCGCCAGAGAACCGUUUAGUGAAAAUAAAAAUGUAUCGGUGGUACAAGUUUCAUCUAACAGUUAAGUGUGAUUGAGAAAACGAAAAAGUCUAGUAUAUUAUUUGUACUGCAGUGGAUAUAAGAACAAAUGACAAAAAAAAAACUGUUUUGUUGGUGUUUCAGCAAUAGCAUUCAUGAAAGCUGCUUCAAAAAUCCCAAAUCUUAUUUGAUGAAGAUUACAUUCAAUUAGGGAAAGUUAAUUUAAACAGAAGUUGGAUUAUCGUUAACACAUUAAAAAUGUUGGAACGUUAUACUAUUUGACUUUUCGACAAGGACCAGAGAUAUAAAAUUAAAAAUUAUCGAAUUCGAAAUUUUACCUUCAGAGCAAUCUCUCCGCUUGUACUAUUCAAGAUUUAUUAUUGUCUAUAGACAUGUACCUGUGAAAGCACCAUAAUUGAUCUUAAAAUAGUUAAUCGAUAAAACGAAUGAUACCGAAUCAUUUGAAAGCAUACAACGAAACUAUAUGCGUUAAGCAACAAACUUUAUCAAAUAUUGACUGUAUGAUAAUAUUGUUUUAUGCACUGUUUCAGUAAUAUGUCAACCUUAUAAUAAAUAAAACGGACGAUAAAUUUGAACGCUUCGCUUAUUUUGCAGCUUCCUUUUGUACCGUGUAGUUCUGAGACACUGGAAUUUUAGGAUAACGUUUUGUGCCAAAUCACACCUCACGCUUGCGUAUGCACAC